CCCAAAAUCCAAGCUCAUCCAGCUGCAAGGAGGGAUCCUUCGCAAAACUGCAUUAUUCAAUUGCAGUUCCUGCUCUCCCCUCUUGCAGCUCAAUCCAAACUCUGUAGAGACUGUAAAGGAAAGAGUCUUGUGGAGGGAGGAGGAAGGAGCAGCUGUGUUGCUUUGGUGUGCUGGAGGGGAGCCGCCUUUGCAUUUUCUGGAGGAGGGGAAGUCCUGCUGGUGACCUUUGAGGAGGAGGCUGUCUCUUUUUCCAGAGGGGAGCCGGAUCUCCUGGGUCCAGGCCAAAAAACUGUACGAGGAGGUCACGAUGGAGGAUUGCGGGGAUGAGCCCUCUGCAGGGGAUUGGCAGGACAGUGAAAAUGAGAAGGAAACAUCCGUGGUGUCAGAAACAAUAAAGCAGGAAGCAGGACAAGAGACAUUUGGAAAUCGAAGGGGAUCGAAAAGGCACAAGGGAAAACAAUCAAAGAAUAGGAGGAAGAUAUCCUCCCUUUCUAAGGGUCCUGAAAGCCAUGGGCUCCUUAUUCCAGAACAAGAUCACAAAGGAAAGAGAGGGGUCAAGUGUCCUGUGUGUGAGAAGAUAUUCAAAUGUAGGUCAGACUUUAAUAGACAUCGUGUAACCCACACAGGGGAGAAGCCAUAUAAAUGCAUAGAGUGUGGAAAGAGCUACAGUGAUAGUGGAACUCUUACUGCACAUCAAAGAAUCCACACAGGGGAGAAACCAUAUGAGUGUAUGGAAUGUGGAAAAAGUUUCAAUCGUAGCGGGACCCUUAGGAGACAUCAAAGAAGCCACACAGGGGAAAAACCAUAUAAAUGCAUGGCGUGUGGGAAAAGCUUUGGUCGGAAUUCCAUCCUUACAGCACAUGAAAGAACCCACACAGGGGAGAAGCCAUAUAAAUGUAUGGAAUGUGGAAAAAGCUUUAGUCGUAAUAUCACUCUUAAUAGACAUAAAAAAAAACACGAUCAGGAGGAACUGUGUAGAUGUGUAGAGUGUGGGAAGUUUUCGAGCCAGACAUGCAUGGCAUGUGGAAAAGGUUUGAACCAGAGUCAACACCUUACGUCCCAUCAAAUAAUCUAUACAGGAGAACACGGGAACAACCAUAUAAAAUUAUGGAGGGUGGAAAGAGCUUAAGCCAGAGUCAACACCUUACGUUAGUAUACAUCAAAGUACCUGUGCAAGGUACAAAGCAUGUAAACCAGAAAAGCUGCGCUGGAAUACUUUAGAUGUCAGAGAACCCAUACAAGGGAGAAGCCAUAAAAAUGGACCAACUGUGGUAGGGGCUUCAGUAUUUCACAUCAAAGAACUCUCACAGGGGAGAAACUAUUUAAAUGUGUCUUUAAUGGAAAGUUGCGCUGAAGAGAUAUUUACAGUGCUAUAAAAAAUUUCAAAGAUGAAACAAGAUUUUGCAUGUCGAGAUUGUUAAUAAUGAGGCAAACACAAAAUACGGGAUUUAAACGAGGGCCAUUUUCUUAAAUAGAAAAUGCAUGGGUGAAAUGUGUGGAAAUAAACUUGAAAUCUUGACUGACAGCCUACUAACUAAUUAUAACUGGGUGAAUUACCCAGCCUGGGGGUGAAGCAAGGCAAUAAAUAUGCCAUUCUUCUUCCCCCCCCAGCCCCACUUCUUCAGGCCCCAUUCUCUUGAUGCCCCACAAUUCUCUGGGUGAAACGGGUUAGCCCCCAAAAUGACCCAUAUCCUGUCCAUGGGUCUCACAGCCCUGAGUGCAAAUCCUGGGAAUUGGCAUGUAUUGGGGAAGUGCCUGUUCUGCACAAGCCCUUGUGCACAAAGGGUUCCAAGCCCUUUAACCUAGUUUCACUUGGUUCUUCCACUGACUACCACACCCGUAGACCCCAAUACAGGUGGCGGGGGUAUCCCAUUCUUCUGGGCCAGCCAAAGAUUGGGACAAAAAUCCCUCCUACUGGCCCCAUACAGGUAGUCAGCUAAUCCAUUACUGGUGACUGGAAGCUAAAGAGCAAGGUGUUUGGGUGAGGUGAGUUUAUAUACUACAGCAGAGGUUCCCAAAGGGCGGUGUAUGGACCACCAGUGGUCCAGAAGCUUCUUUUGAGUUGUCCGUGGCAUGUCCAUGUUAAAUAUUCAUGUGAAUGUUUAAUUGUUUUUGUUGCUUUUUUUCUUUCUUGUAUUUUAUUGUUGAAUUCACAUUGUAAUACACUAAAACGCAGUGCAGGGAAUUAAAGAAGCAAUAACAAUGCAUUUAUAACAUCAUGCAGCAUCUAGCACAGCGCAUUGCCUGUGCCACAACAGGUAGAAAAAUCAUGAAGUGGUCCACCAAGGCUAUCAUCAAUUUUCAAGUGGUCUGUGGGGAAAAAUCUUUUUGGAACCGCUCUACCGCAGGGAUGGAGGAUCUACACCCACACACCACACCCACACACCAGGUCUAAUUAGGCCUAGCAGACCAUUUUGGCCAAGCCACGCCUACCGGGCAUCAGCUGAUUGGAGAGGCUGGGGAAGCCCAGUGCACUGUGCUGCCUCUCCUCACAUUGUUUGAUUUCAAGCCGUGUGGGCAAAAACGGGUCACCUGACAUCGCUGUGACUUCAGGUGAUGGACAGUGCACACCUGUCUUGGCCUGGGGGGGGGAGAAAUAAGGAUCCUGCCCACCAGCCAGAUCCAGUUUACCACCCUGAUACCCAAGCUCACUCUGUUACACCAGUGGUGGCUUCUUCCAGCACUCGCACAAAAGCGUCUGCCCUUGGACCUGUGGCUUGGAGGUUGAGUGGCAAUCCAGGUGCUUUGAAAUUGGAAUAGAUAGUGCUUGUCGUUGGCAGCUAUGUAAAUAGCUUAAGAUAUUCGGGGGUGGGAUGGGAAUUCUGGCAGCAAUUAACACAAUUCUUAAGGUGAAGUCUCGAUACCAAGGUCGUUGUCUUCACAUAUGUGAAAGCAUAGGCAGCGAAGGAUAAAGUGACAUUUUUCUACAUGAUUGUGGCAGCUGGAACAUGCAAAGCACUGAAAAUCAAAGCAGAUAUCCAGACUUGGAGGUUGGUAUGUUGUUCAGAUGGAACAGGGAAGCCUCCUCCAACCUGGGCACCCUCCAGGUGUACAUAGAACAGAGAGGAGACAAGCUCCUGUGCUUCAUUGAAAGAGAUGUUUAUUUUGCUCUUCCUCUCUGUGGAACUCCAUCAGGAGAGGUAAACACUUUCAAAUUUCUAGGACCUAAAAACAACAACACCUUGUUCUGUACACCCAAAAUAAAAGCCUCGAGAAACCUAUGAGGCUAUAAAAUACUGGGUUUUUUUCUUGCUGCCACUCUUCAGUGAAUAAGGUUCUCUGGGCACUAAAAGUGCAAGGCUAUUGUGCUUAAUUUAGUUACAAGGAAUCUUUUUCUUUUUUUGGAAAGGCAUUUACAGCUCCUGACAAAGGAGUUCCACUCUGAAUCAUAAAGUAAGAGCAAAAUAAACUUCUCUUUCCAGGAAGCACCAAAGCCUGUCUCCUCUCUGUUCUGCUUAUUGUUGUGUUUCCCCUCUCCCUGUUCACCCUCCAGAUGUGCUGGCACAGCUGUGUUGAUGGGAGUUACAAUCUGAAACAUCCAGAGGGCACUAGCUUGGGGAAGGGUGCAAGAUGGCACGACUGGACAAAAUUAACCGGAGUUGUUUAUGCUUGUCCGGGAAGGUGUAUUUGUGCACUAGGUUUGAACAAGUUUGGAAGUAGUUUAAGCAAUUUUGGAAUGACCUAACAGCUUGAAAUGAUUGUUAAUGUAUCAGAACACCCCUAAACGUGUUUUUUUUUGUAUUUACAGUUUUGUAUAGAUAGUGUAUGAAAGUCUUUUGAUAUUUUCCAGGUGAAAUAGUUUCCAGGUGAAGGAUUUGAGAAUGACAAAUGGCUUUAAUUUAAUAACCAGGAGGACUACAGUCAAUAUGAUUUAGAAGGAUUAACGUGAGAAUUUUUACAGGGAAUAUGUAUGUUGUUAUAUUGUGUCUCCCUGCUGUUAGUUCCCGUUGUUUGUUUUGCAACAGCUUGACAGUGUAGCUGUGAUGUAACACUUGUACAUACAUACAAAACUGUUUUCUCUCC